UCUUUCUGUCGCUUUUGUAGAGUUCAAACGGGAACUCUUUGCUGUUUUCUUCCUACAAACAUUUUUCCUUUUUCUACAUAUAUUAUUAUUAUUAUUCGUAAAACAGUCAUGUCUCGGUUACUGUGUUUAUCACGGGGUCUCAUAUGCACAAAAUGUAAAUGCAGUGCUCAGAAAUCCGAGCCCUUUGUGUCUUUGUUGACACCCAGAGUGAAGUUCAGAGAUCAGCUGAUGAAGAGAUUCAUUUCGACACCCAGAAGACCAGUCAUCCCCCCCUACAGCAACCGACACACGGCCUUGUGGCUGUUCGGCAUCGGGACGGGCUUUGUUCUGGCUCUGGGCCUGAAAUAUCGUGAUUCUGCCUCUGAACACUGUGAAUGUAACGCACAGAAGACAGUCUCACAGUACACGGCUGCUAUAGAGACCAGCAGAGACCUUCUGCGGCGGAUAAAGGAUGAAGUUGGCGCUCCUGGGAUGGUUAUUGGAGUCUCGGUGGACGGCAGCCAUGUUUGGUGUGAAGGCGUUGGCUAUGCAGAUCUGGAGAACAGAGUGCCUUGUGGUCCGGAAACGGUGAUGAGAAUCGCCAGCAUCAGUAAACCUCUGACUGCAGCGGCCGUCGCCAGACUCUGGGAGGAGGGCAAGAUCGAUCUCGAUGCCCCUGUCCAAAAAUACCUCCCCGAGUUCCCACACAAGCAAUUCGAAGGAGAGAAUGUCACGAUAACCCCUCGGAUGCUCCUGUCCCACUUGAGUGGCAUCCGUCAUUAUGAAAAAGAUGGCAAAAAAGUGAGAGAGGACAAGGAGAAAGCGAAACGCCUUCUGAAGCCCCCGGAGAAGAAAGAGGAGAAGGGCUCGGCUGAAAACAAAGAGAAGCCCAAAGCGGAGGACAGCGGCGCUAAAAGCAAAAAGAAGAAAAGGGAGUUUGAGCAGGAGGAGUAUUACCUCAAAGACAACUUUGAGAACGUCAUCCAGGCUUUGGACUUGUUCAAAGACGAUCCUCUGAUUUUUAAACCCGGUUCUACAUUCCUGUAUUCCACGCACGCGUUCACUCUGCUGAGCGCCGUGAUGGAGAGAGCAGCAGGGCAGCGCUUCCUCGACCACAUGAUGCAGAUGUUUCGUGAGCUGGGCAUGCUUAACACUGUACCAGACGAAAACGACCCAAUCAUAUACAACCGCUCGAGAUUCUACCACUUCAACAAAAGGCGCCGUGUUGUGAACUGCCCCUAUGUGGACAAUUCGUACAAAUGGGCUGGAGGUGGAUUUCUGUCCACUGUGAGUGACCUUCUAGUCUUCGGUAACGCUCUGCUCUACAGCUAUCAGAUGGCCGAAGCGAAGAACACAGACGGGCUGCUUCCUGGCUUCUUCAGACCCCACACAGCCAAAGCCAUAUGGGCACCGGUGGACAAAACAGAGGCAUCGUGGGACAAAGACGGACUGUACGCCCAGGGCUGGCUGGUCGUGGAGAAACGGCAGAAAUACGGGCAGUGCCGCAGCCGCAGACAUUACGUCUCGCACACAGGGGGCGCUGUGGGGGCGAGUAGCGUCCUGCUGGUGUUGCCCAGAGAGCAGCGCACCAAUCAGACGCUGCCUCCUCCACAGGGGGUGGUGGUGACCAUCAUCACUAACAUGCAGUCAGUGGGGCUCAAUACCACCGCGCUCAAGAUUGCACAAACAUUUGACAAGGCCAGGGACGGAGAAAUCGCGUCUGCUUGACACACACACACACGGCACUGGUCCGUUUGUAGCCGCUUUGAGAGGUUUGUGGUGAACAUCAGGAUGCUUCUUUGUUUACAA